CGCUCCCUUCAUAAGUGCUUUAAUUAACCACAUCCAUAAGGAGGUCUGUUGGAUUAAAUCUGGUGACAGGGGAAGACAGUACUUGUGUUUAAACGAUGUGUAAAUGGCGCAAAGGGCCUUUAAGUGUGCAAAAAAUGAUCCUCACACCACUGCACCAACACCAUCAGCCUAAACCAUUGAUACAAACCAGGAUGGGCACACGGUUCCAAGAUGUUUACUCCAUAUUUUGGUUGUAGAUGAUCUUGAGUCAUUAAACUAGAAACUAUUUUACCGUUCUGUUGUCUAUGACUUGUGGAUCUGUGCAAACUCUUCUGCCUUUGUGCUGCUGUGAAAAGACAAACAGGAAUUGAAGGUAAGGCCAGAACCACGGAUAAGGCAAUAGCUGCAGACGGCAUAUCACCUCAUAAAAAUCAGGCCGCAGCAGUGGAGGGGCAACGAUUUGAGCUCAAUUACGGCCACAUAAACUCAGUCAACCUGAAGCUCAAAGAUCCAGUGAAAAGCUGUAAACCAAAGGAGUCGAGAUGGCAUGAGUCCAUGUGAAUGUUACAGAACUGUUGUUGCAGGUCUCCUUUUAGCAAUUAAGAUCUUAUUGAGGGUAAAGUACUAAGAAAUAAAGCCAAGAAUGACAAAAAAGUUAUAGACAGCCUCAAGCGAAUAAGAAUUCUUAUGUGCUUAGAAACGGGAGAGUCUCAGCUCAUCUGAGGAAAACUGGUGUUCCGACCUAAACGUCUUUGGUUGUGUUUCCUUUAAAUGGGACAGCUAACUAAGCAUUUUGUUUGCCGAUCAGAAUCUUCAAAAGGCCGACGGCCGUUAACUCGUAACAAGAACCUCUUGUUGACUUACCAAGCUGCAAACGCCACACCCAUGCUGCUAGUUUUAACUCUUCCUCCCCGUGAAUCGUCCAUAUUCAUCUGAAAGUUGAGCACCCAGCUUUCGCCUGAGCUCUACAUUAAACACCACACAGGCUGACGCACAUAUAGACGUUGUCUAUCUCAGCAGGGCAGCAGACAGGAGUCAAAAACAGACACAGCAAUUCAUACUGGAGGAAAUUCAUUACCCAUCCUGUGCAUCAGAGAGACCAGCCUCUGAUCUUCUGUCCUCAUCUGAGCUUCUAACAUGGGCCAGAAGAUGAGCAGCACAAUUUCUAACAAUAAGAAGAACUCAAGUUUCCUCUCCUUUUUGAAACGCUUCUCGCCCCAAGAACCUUCCUUGGACAGCAGCAUGUCGCCAAGGACAGGCGUCUUUGCCAAGCUGACACCGCCAUCUGCAAUCAACCCCAUCGAUUUCACACGUCUCAUCAGCGACUGCAUCUCUUUUGCAUCAGCCAGAACCCGGGAGUACCUUGUCUUCAAAGAUCCAGAGGGAAGGUUACAGCCGAGUCCCCUGGCAUUAACUCAGGUCUUUCUGAUGACCUACAUCACUCAAAGCGUUAGCCUCGACUUCACCGACACCUUCAACUGCACAGCCAUGACACCAGAGCAGCGCAUUCUCCUGGGAGCUGACUGGGUUUGGGCCAUCCUGGAGAAACCCACCAAGAACCCUAAAAUACAGAUCGCAGUGCAGGUCCUUCACCUGCCCGAAAGGGAGGAAGCUGAAGAAAGAGCAACCACCGGAAAACCCGUCAGCGAGUCCAUCCAGAUGGCCAGGUGGGAGUCCAGGAACGGGAACACGUACGAGCGCAUGGUGGAGUUCUGCACUUCCAUCGGCAAGGACUGCUACGCCCUCUUCUUGUUCUUUGGGAAAAGGGAUGACAAGGAAAACGUCUACGGUGUCCUGAGCAACAACUUUCCGGCGGCUGUUGGAAAAUGUGACAAAAUAGACCGAGCUCUGCUUGAGAACUUCCUUAAAGGUUCGAGGUAUUUCCAUACACCCUUAGGAAUGAUCCAGGCCAUUUUCACAAAGAAAACAGAUGAAGCGCUCACUUUAAUGAUUAAAUUUAGCUGAAGAUUCGAGGUACUAACACGUAUUAAGACUAAUGUAGGAAGUUUAUCGGCCAAUAGAAGUAGAUGGCCACUGAGACGGUUCAUGUCAUAGGUUAAAUAUACACUAUAAAAUAGAUAAUUUGUGAGGGUUAUAGGACACCAAGUAAAAUGCUGCAUUAGAUCACAUCCAUAGCUUUUUGCUGCAAACGAGUAGAACUGGGUUUUAAACUUGGUCAAGAAGAAGCGAGCAUGUUGUUUACUAGUUACAUGCAUAAAACAUAUGUAAAUCGACAGCUAACACCCUGCAUUCCUAAUAACAGCUAACUUAGUCUAAAACAAAUACACUGAAAAUUACACCAUAUUGUUUUUCCUGAUUUGGUUUGGAAAUGCACUCUGUGGUACAUUCCAUAAAUUCUCAAAUUCAGAAAAACACGCUUGAGCGACAAAUUGAUUUCCAACUUCUAAAUUUUGUGGGUGAUUCCCAACCAUGACAUCAGAUGUGGUUGCUAUGAGUAUAAAGUGAUAAUAGCUGCAGUAAUAAACUGUUUAUUUUAACUUUUGUUCAAUGAUUUAGGCCAGAUUGGACUGUAGAUGAAUCUGAAUGUGACUGGAUUAUUCUGGAAUACAUUGGAUGGAUUUAUAUUUCACUUAAACCUACAUAACUGUAUAUACACUUGACCUUGUCUUGUAAAAGUUUCUUGAGAUGACAUUUGUUGUUAUUCAGAGCUAAAUAUCAUUAUGAUUUGAAUUAAAACCUCUCGGUCAAUGGGGUGUAGGACAAACACGAUGCUAAUUCUCAGUUAGCUCAGUAAAUAGUUUAAGAGUGAGUACAUGGAUUUACAGAUAUUCAGCGUGUGAAGCGGUUCAGAGAGGAGCAAAUGGUAACGAAGGAGCUUAUGAUUACCAAACUGACAUGAAUUUGAGUUUUUAUAGCGCUAAGAAAAAAGUCUACUCAUUUACAGUUUGGGCUCAAAAUAAGAACAUAAAAUAAAUUAUGUUGGCUGCAUAAACUAGCAGAUCCUGCAUUGGAAAUUAUAUCAAAUGAAAUGAUAAAAUCAGAUUUUAAAACAAAAAAAUAAUCGCUGUAACAUUUUUUUUUUCUCAUGAUCAAGUCGAGGAAAAAGUAGUAAAUAAUCACGGUGAAAUGACUCAGAGGAAGAAGAAAGCAGGUUUCUAGGGUUUUGAUGUUCAGCAGUUUUGAUCUUUACUUUACCCUAAAUUUUAAGAUGUAUGUAAAAUUGUGAAUUAACUGCAUCCCAAAAAUCCUAAUUGUGCACAAAACACUGCAAUUUCGUUUUACUACGACUCUCUAUUUUACCCAUUACAAAUGAACAUUUGUCCCAAAAUUGUUCUAGGAAAACAACUCUUUUGAAAUAUGUAAAAUGUCUGUGUUUGUUAAUAUAUUUAAAAUAAAAAGCAACUGCAAACCAUAUAGUCAGGAAUGCCGUGCUGCAGUAUGCAAUGACAGGUUACAGGAAGUGGCUUUGCAACUUUGAUAUGUUUACCAGCUGCAGAUAGAAUUACAGUCUGCCUCACAGGACGCUUUUAUAAGAGAUGCUCUAACAUGGCUUUUGGUUUGACUUUAAGUCCUCAAUCUCGCAAUAUAUGAUUUGCUGAUAAGUUGGCGGCAAAAUGUUUCUUGAGAAAAAUGUUUGUGUUCCUUGUAGCAUUUAUUCAUCAAUAGCUCGACAGGAAGAAGGGCAGAGAGAUAUGGGACCGUCGCCUCUGCGUACGGCGGACUGACUCUUCCACUGAACUACCUGGUGUCACACAAAAAUGUAUUUUGUUUAGUUUCCAUGUCUUGUCACAACGCUGUGCAACAAUGUUCGGUUUACGUUGGAAACUUCAGGAGCACAUUGAAGCACCAACGACCGUGACAGGCUUUGUAAAGUGGAAUGCAUAUUGCUUGUUCAGGAAAUGUGUAUUAUUUCAACAAUGCAGCAUAACACUGCAGCGCAAGCCCAAUUACUGCACAAGUGCUAAAUAAAUGUUAAUCCUAAUAUUAAA